CAGCUGUUGCAGCGAUAACUCGGUGCAGCAGCAAAACAAAGAAAACACAGAAAAAGUUAACACAAUUAAGCGUAGUAAAAAAGCCUAGAUUAUCGCCAAAACACAUAGGCAGUGAGUCACGGGAAAAAGCUUUCCGGCCACAAUGGCAGAUACCCGUAAAGACGCCGCGCCGCCGAGCUACGAAGAGGUCAUGAACAGUCCCUCGCAAGAUUCCCGGUUGAUAGCGGGCGUACACCAGGGGGCACCUAGUGCUCCGCCCCCCAACAUGCACAUGCCCACCUACGGAGCAUUCGAGACGACGCCGGUCAGCGUGGUGAUUCAGCCCACUCCGGUCGCCAUGCCUACGGAGAUCAUCGUGAUUGGGGGAUGCCCAGCCUGUCGCAUUGGCUAUCUGGAGGAUACCUUCUCGGCCUGCGGCGUGUGCUGCGCCAUCUUCUUCUUUCCACUGGGAAUCCUUUGCUGCUUGGCCAUGCGCGAGAAACGCUGUACCAAUUGCGGAACUGUUUUCUAGAGGGGAUUCCCCAAAAAUCACCCAAAAAUAUAACCCACUUGGCUUUCGGUGUCGUCUUCAUCAAAAAUCAUGAAAGAUGCGAUACGCUCCAGCUACAGAACGGUCUUCUAUAGGGGAUUUUCCAUUAAAAUCACCCAUGCAUACAUCCCCCCUUUGGCUUUCGGGGUCGGAACCAGUUACAAUUCCUUAUAAUGACUGUUUUUUUUUGAUAUCACAAAGCUCCAAUACUUUUAUUAUUGUUAAUCGUUAGCUCACAAAUCAUUAAAUGUUAUGUGUAAAUAUUA